AGCGACCCGACGAAGCUCUUCGUCGGAGCGCUCGCGUGGCAGACGGACGCGACCGCGCUCCGCAACCACUUCUCCCAGUUCUCGGAGGUCCUCGACGCCAUCGUCAUGAAGGACCGGGACACGCGCCAGUCGCGGGGCUUCGGCUUCGUCACGCUCGCGAGCCAGGCCGCCGCGAACCGCGUGCUCAACGACAAGCACGUCCUCGACGGCCGCAUC